GCUCGGGUAGGGCCAAGUUCGCAAUGGCUUCAAGGAUAAUCUUCAGCAUCUUCUUGGGGAUUGCCUUUACAUAUGUCGUCCAAGCGCAGCUUGUUGUUCCUGGAAAAUGCCCAGAUUUUCCAGCACCAGCAGAAUGUCCGCCAGAACCAGAUGAUGAAUGUAGAAAUGAUGUCAAUUGUGCAGAAUUGUAUCCUGGUCAGGGAUUAAAAUGUUGUAAGGAUGGCUGCGACAAGGUUUGCACCCGGCCCAUAUUGCCAUUAACGAGCCGGCACAACCAAACCAAACCAAGAAACAAAAAUCCAGGAGCUUGAAAGUUAUUAACAUAGAUCCCAGCUUUGUUUCUUAGCAGGUAUUCUCAGCCACCGGCUGGACACGUGACGAUGGGUAUGGUUACAAGUGUCCUUGGUAAGACUGAAGUAUAGAGCACUAAGUGUGACRUCAAUCGUAUGGGGGAAAAAACUUCCUGAUGCAAAACGAAAAGCAUAACCGAGAUUCGCCCGAGGAUUUUACUGCUUAUACCUGGUAGCUUGGGUCUUACAAGUUGAGAAGAAGAUGCUCAAGUCAAUACGAAGCUGGUUACCUACUUAACGGACUUUCUUCAUUCA